AAUCCCGCCCCGGUUUUACGCUCGCUUACGGAGACUGUCAGAACCAAGCAGGCUUGGUCAGGUGUGCUAGGGAAGAGUAUUGUGGAAUAAACUUUACUUUUCCUUUCCUUUUUUUUUUAAAUAGUAUUUUUUAGAUUUUGGUGGACACAUAAAGACGGCGCGACGCCAUGUUCAGACGGAUAUUGCAGAUGACGCCUGGGAAAGGCAGCUCCCAGGGUGCGGAUGCUGACCAGCAGGCCGCUGACGUCAACAGUGAGUCCUCCGAGGGCUUCAUCUGCCCCCAGUGCAUGAAGUCUCACAACUCAGCUGAGGAGCUGUUCAAGCACUAUGAGCUGUUCCACGAGGUGGGGGAUCAGAUGCCAAGCCAGGGGCCUGCUAGGGAGGAUCUUGCUUUGCUGAGACAGGAAGUGCAGGACCUCCACACCUCACUCAAGGAAGAGAGAUGGUUUUCUGGAGAGCUGAAGAAAGAGCUGGACAAGGUUCAAGGGCAGCUGAAGCAAAACGUGCAGAACGAUGGCCAAGCCAGCAUUGAUGAAUCGGAACUGGAGAUGAAGCUUCACGAGGCCGAGACCGAGAAGUUCAACAUCAGGCAGAUGAAGGAUCUGUUCGAGCAGAAGGCUGCCCAGCUGGCCACUGAGAUAGUAGACGUCAAGUCCCGCUACGAUGAGGAGAAGAGCCUACGGGAAGCAGCGGAGCAGCAGGAGGCCCGGCUCGCCCAGGACCUGCAGCGGGAGAAGCAGGAGAAGGAGAACCUGCACACAGAGCUGCUGCAGCGGCCCGGCGUGGAGGACGUGGCCGUCCUGAAAAGGGAGCUGAUCCAGGUGCAGACCCUCAUGGACAACAUGACCCAGGAGCGCGAGGAGGAGUCAGAGAGGCUCAAGAGGCAGUUUGCGCAGCUGCAGGCCGACCACAGCGCUUCCCAGACGACCAUCUCACAGCUGCGUGCGGAGCUGGAGAAGGGGCCCCAAGAGGCAGCGGUGUACACCCAGCAGAUCCACCAGCUACAGCAGCAGAGUCAGAGCCUGUCGCAGAAGCUGACCCACAAGGAGCAGGAGUGCCGGGAGAUUGAGGAGAGCCUGGGCGGCGAGCGCUCCGCCAGGAAGGCGGCGCAGGCCAGCCUGCAGCAGGGCGAGCUAGAGCUUCAGCAGGCCCAGGCGCAAACCCAGGCAUCGCAGGCCGCGCUGCAGAGAGCGCAGACUGAGGCAGGAGAGAAGGGCCAGGCGGGCAGCCGGCUCAGGCAGGAGCUGGCCGAGUUGGAGGUGCAGCAUCAGCAGCAGAAGGUGGAAAACAAGCAGCUGCAGCAACAGAAGGACGAGCGCGAGCAGCAGAAUCUGCAGCAGCAGAGUGAGAUCAAGCAGCUACAUAGCCGGCUGCUGGAGGCAGAGAGGCAGCUGGGGGAGGUCCAAGGCCGGCUGAAGGAGCAGAGGCAGCUGUCUGGGGAGAAGCUGAAGGAUCGAGAGCAGCAAGUAGCCGAUUUGCAGCUCAAACUGUCCCGGGCCGAAGAGAAGGUGAAGGAGGUUGACAGCAAGUCUGCGGACCUGCAGCACCAACUGGAGAAGGCAAGGCAGCAGCACCAGGAGGCCCAGAACCUUCAACAGACCACCACGGGGAAGCUGAGGGAGGCACAGAAUGACCUGGAGCAGGUGUUGCGCCAGAUUGGAGACAAAGACCAGAAGAUCCAGAACCUGGAAGCACUUCUGCAGAAGAGCAAGGACAGCGUGGGUCAGCUGGAGGCUGAGCGGGAGGACCUGUGUGCCAAGAUCCAGGCUGGGGAGGGUGAGGCGGCUGUUCUCAACCAGCUGCAGGAGAAGAACCAUGCUCUACAGGAGCAGGUCACGCAGCUGACAGACAAGCUGAAGAACCAGUCGGAGAGUCACAAGCAGGCCCAGGAGAAUCUCCAUGAGCAAGUGCAGGAGCAGAAGACCCACCUGCGCACGGCGCAAGACCGCUGCUUGGCGCUGGAGAGAUCCAACACGGAGCUGUCUGCCCAGCUGAGUGAGACCAAGGAGAGGCUGGCCCAGAUGGACACUCAGCUGAAGGCCAAGAUUGAGCUGCUGCUGUCCGCCGAGGCUUCCAAAAGUGCUCAGAGAGCAGACCUGCAAAACCACUUGGAGACAGCCCAGCAUGCUUUGCAGGAUAAGCAGCAGGAGGUUCUGAAGAGUCAAGCCCAGGUGGAGGAGCUCAAGACUCGGCUGCAGCAGAAGCAGGAGCAGUGUGGACAGCUAGAGACCAACCUGAAGGAGAGCCGAGACAAGCUGCUAACAUCAGAGCAGAGCACAGAGCAGCUUGAGGGUCGCAUCAAGAAACUGGAUGCUGAGGUGCACGAACUACAGGUGGCCCGAGAUCAGGCCCAGUCAAGCCUGCAGCAGCUCCAGCAACAUAGCACCGAGGCUGAUGGGAAAAUCAAAGAGCUUGGUCAACUGCUAGCUGUGGAGAAGGAGAGGGUCUCGACGCUGCAGGAGGACCUGAAGAGGACAGGCACUGCUUUGGAGUCCUCGCGGCAGCAGUCGCAGCAGCGAGAGGGGGAGAAGACCGUCCUGCAGCAGGGGCUUGACCGGCUGACCCAGGAGAUGCAGACACAGAAGCUGGAGCUGGAGAAGAAAGCCCAGGGCCUGGCCAGCAGCCUGCAGAAGGCCAGGCAGGAGCAGGAUGCCCUGGCUAAGGAGCUGUCCACCACCAAGGAUAGCCUGAACAAGGCUACCCAGGCACUGACGGAGGUCCAGGCACAGCUGGACUCUGAGAAGAAGAGUGCCAAGGCUGCUCUGGAGGAGCAGGGGAAGUCACACCAGCAGAGCAGGGCUGAGCUGCAGAGGAAGAUGGAGGCUGUGGCCAAGGAAGUGGCAGAGGUCAAGGGUCGGCUGCAGCAGAAGGAGGAGGCAGAGAAAGGGCUGAAGGCACAGUUGGCUGCCCUGACUGCGCAGCUGGCGCAGACCCAGGCCACUCUGAAGCAGGAGGAGGCAUCUGUGCAGAAGCUGCGGGAGGACCUGAAGAGCAGCCAGGCCUCCCUGCGUCAGGAGGUGCAGGGUGCGGAGAGCCGGUUGGCCGAGCUCAAGGAGCAGCACACCCGGCAGCGGGAGCAGGAGGCGAGAAUGAAAGAGCAGCAGGCCGCCGUGAGCCAGGCCCUGGAGGCAGAGAGGAGCCACAAGGCGGAGCUGCAGAGGAGCCACGAGAGCGUGAAGGAGAGCCUGGCGCAGCUGCAGUCCGACUGCUACGGCAAGGAGUCUGAGCUGCUGGCCCUGCAGCAGGACCUGAAGGCCUCUCAGGACAAGAUGGCUUUGGCCCAGGAGGAGCUGCUGUCCAGUCAGAACCAGCUGACCCGGCAAGAAGAGCAGAUCCAGGAGCUGGUCGCUGCCCGCAAGUCGCUGGAGCAGGAGGUGGCCAAGAGGCACGAGAAGAUCACGCAGCAGGGGGAGGUGCUGGAGAAGCUGCAGCAGCAGCAGGCGGCCACGAGGCAGGAGCUGGACAAGGAAAGGGCCAAGGUUGAAGAGCUGAGUGAGGUCAAGAGCCGACUGGAGAAGAAUGUGAAGCAGAUCAGCACGGACCUGAAGACCAGCGGAGAACGCUGGGAGAAGGAGGUCUCGGAGCUGCGGGAGGCCAAACAGCUUCUGAUCCAGCAGAAACUGGAGAUGCAGGGGCGGGUGGAGAGCCAGCAGGCAGUGCUGGAGAAGGAAAAACAGGCGCACCAGGCCACGCGGGGCAGCAUCCAGCAGCAGAAGCAGGAGAUGAAAACGGAGAGGGACAAGAUGGAGGGCCAGCUGGCGGUAGAGCAGAAGGCGAAGGUGGAGCUGACGAAGCGCCAUGAGGAGGUGGAGUCCAAGCAGGCGCUGCAGAUCGCGGCGCUGAACGAAAACAUGUCGACGCUGAAACGCGAGUGGCAGAGCAGCCAGCGGCGUGUCGGUGAGCUGGAGAAGCAGACGGACGAACUGCGGGGCGACAUCGCCGUGUUGGAGGCCACUGUGCAGAACAACCAAGACGAGCGCCGUGCUCUGCUGGAGAGGUGUCUAAAGGGUGAGGGGGAGCUGGAGAAGUUGCAGGCCAAGGUGGUGGAGAUGCGUCACAAGCUGGAUGACACCACCGCUGCCAUGCAGGAGUUGGGAAGGGAGAACCAGUCUUUACAGAUUAAACAGUCGCAGUCGCUGACCCGGAAGUGGACGGAGGACCAUGAGGUACAGAACUGCAUGGCCUGUGGGAAGGGCUUUUCCGUGACCGUCAGGAAGCAUCACUGCCGGCACUGUGGAAACAUCUUCUGUGCGGAGUGCUCGUCCCGCAACGCGCUGACGCCAUCGUCUAAGAAGCCAGUGCGUGUGUGCGACAUCUGCUUUGAGGAGCUGCAGGGCUGACAGCCCCCCUCCCCCCGACACCCCCCUGUCAG